ACAAUUACGACCUACGGACACGAUUCCGCCCAAAAAGUUCAGCAACCAAAAUCCUUGGGCAGAGUUUCAGCUUAUCCUUCGAGCAUCCAUCCAUGGCAACUUCUCUGUCUACCACACUUUCGACCAAUAAUCUCUGCUCCAACAAUAUCACCAACCCUACUUCAACACAUUUGCUUCCUGGCCUAUCACCCAAUCGCACUCUCAGACUUUCUACGAUUCCCAAACACCUAAGGUAUACAACCAGUUUCUCACUACGGCAAACCCUUGUCAUGACUUCUGCAAUAUCGGGCUCUCCUGCUGUCGAUACUUCAGUGGUGAGUGAAGAUACGGCAAAUGUGCUUGACACGGUGAAAGUGUUCGAUUUGAAUGGAAAUGCGAUCCCGAUUUCUGAUUUGUGGAAAGAUAGGAAAGCUAUCGUGGCAUUCGCUCGCCAUUUCGGGUGUGUCUUUUGCCGCAAACGAGCUGAUUAUCUUGCCACCAAGAAGGAUAUAAUGGAUGCAUCAGGUGUGGCUUUGGUUGUAAUUGGACCUGGUAGUAUUGAUCAGGCAAGAGCAUUUAUUGAGCAAACAAAAUUCAAAGGAGAAGUUUAUGCCGACCCGACCCACUCAUCGUAUGAGGCUUUACAAUUUGUCUCAGGGGUUUCAACUACAUUCACUCCUAAAGCAGGUCUCAAGAUAAUACAAUUAUACAUGGAAGGUUAUCGACAAGACUGGAAGCUUUCAUUUGAAAAGGACAUUGUGACUAGAGGUGGCUGGCAGCAAGGUGGAAUUAUAGUUGCAGGUCCUGGCAAAACUAACAUCUCAUACGUUCACAAGGACAAAGAAGCUGGGGAUGAUCCUGAUAUCAAUGAUAUUCUGAAAGCUUGUUGUUCAUGAAGAAGAAAUGAUGAAUCUACUGAAAUUCUCUUUGUGAUUUUACUUAAUUCGCUUCUACUUUAUAUUUUGCACACUUAUCUCAUACAAACACACUGACCCCAUUAUGUUUCAAUCGCUUCCAACCUUGAAAAGUGAGUACUUCAUAUU